GGAACGACAUUUAUUGGAUAUUUCAAACUUUUUUAACAAAUCAAAAACUGAAAAAUUGGGCACCUCCUCGCGAGGAAGCGAAUGUCUUUCACCGCCUUCAUGCCCCCGUUGCACUGCAUGUUCUUGGUGUAGCGUUUGAGCGCCUCAUACCCCAGCCAUUGGAUAGUGUAGGUCGGGUCCCAGACAGGGAAUCGCCAGCCAUUCGUCCCGAAUGUGAACAGCAUAGCGAGGCGCGUCACUUACGAUUCCGUUACUGAGGUAAAAAGAUUCCUGAGCGUCGCUAUCCAAGGUACCAGGUUCAGGUUCAGGGAGCAAAAGGCAACAGCAAAUCACGCCUCAUUGUUUAGCUUUCUCCAUGGUGCGGUGGAAUUUACUGGAUUCAAAUAAACGUUUUGGUGUGCUGUAUAUUUUCCAUAGCUCCGUGGUAGCCUACUGCCAAUGGCUGAAGCUUACAUGUAAUAACAAAAAAACCACCAUGGUCAUUUUAUCAACAGGUCUGUUGAAAUUGUAGGCAUCGCAGCCAUUUUUCUCGUUUUGUAGGUGUCUAAUUGACACCUAUUUAUUUGUCAGUUAUCUUCCGGUAUUCCUAUUUCAUUUAUCUGCACAUAGGUUCUGUUGGUGAGAAGAAGAAAAACAGGCUUACAUGGAAUAUGUUAGGCGUUUGACUCCAAACCCCAUUAACCAUGAUUUCUUCAAAUGUUGGCUAUGGUUUUCAAUAGGCUUGCUGUCACAUAUUAAAUCGAUGUUUGUCACAGAGGAUGACUAGACAUUUGCCCUAUGCGCCCACUCUGGUCUAAGCUAGUUCCAAAAUCAAUGUAUCUGCCCUGACAAUUAUGCACCAUUACGCACACAAACUGGAGCAGCGGACAUCGUGUUAACGUGUUACUUUUAAAUCAGUGCCAAUAGUAAAUAAUAAAGCCUAACUAAACAAUAUAUUCACUACAGACUAUCCCAUUUUGCCUCAAUAACUUUCUCUCUCACACACUCAUAUGCGUUAGAAUUAGCCAUGACGUCACAUCAAAUGUAGAGUAGUUGGAGAGUUACAAUAUUGCCAUGGCCAUCGGCGAGUAGAUAGAUGGAGAGAGAGAGAGAGAGAGAGAGAGAGAGAGAGAGAGAGAGAGCCAAGAGAGAGAGACAGAGAGAGAGAGAGAGAGAGAGAGAGAGAGAGAGAGAGAGAGAGAGAAAGAAAGGAGGGGAGUAAAGCGUAUUUACACAGACGGUGAACCGCCUGGGGAAUCGUAGGGGAGAGGAAGUCGGCCGGCUCUCUGUCUGCCUGCUCCAACUUCCUGCAAAAAAAAAAAAAAAAGCCAGGAUCUUAUUUCAGUCCAGCAGAGCUGUGUAGCCUAGCUAGACGACAGUCAGCAUGGAAAAACAAGGGAUCAUACCGAUUUAAUCAUAAAAGUUUUGCAAGGAGGGGAAGGAAAGGCAAACAAGGUAUCGCAGGUAUGGACAGCGCCAUCACGUUGUGGCAGUUCCUGCUGCAACUUCUCCUGGACCAGAGCCACAAGCACCUGAUCUGCUGGACAUCCACUGAUGGGGAGUUCAAACUGCUCAAGUCAGAGGAGGUGGCCAAGCUGUGGGGGCUCCGAAAGAACAAGACUAAUAUGAACUACGACAAGCUGAGCAGAGCACUGAGAUACUACUAUGACAAGAACAUCAUCAAGAAAGUGAUCGGCCAGAAGUUUGUCUAUAAGUUUGUCUCGUUCCCGGAGAUCCUGAAGAUGGACCCUGCGGCGGUAGAGAUGGGCUUGACGUCCGGCAUGGUGACCCUCCAUGAGGAUGACGUCCAGGACAUAGACGUAGAGGAGGAAGAGGAGGAGGCACAGCAGCAGAGGAGAGCCGUGGGGGCAGCGUUGGGGGCGGCUGCUGCGGCUCAGCAGGCUGCGUGUCGUAAUGACUACCUACGCUCUGGUCUCUACUCCUCCUUCAGCGUCAGCUCCCUCCAUCAUCCUCCAGAGGAGCUGCUCAGAGCCUUGAGGGAGAGGCAGGAGAGACAGCAGGAUGAAGCCCGGUCCGGAGUCAUCCGCUUCGGGGCUGGUACCACAGAGAGAACUCCACCCUCACCUUCCCACAUCAAGCCUUCAUCACAAUACUUCAGCAUCGACAGUCCAUCUAAACCCUCCCCCCUCCAUCACCAUCACCACCGGCGCUCCCCGUCCUCCUCCCCACCCAGCCCUAACCCCCAGCCGGGACCAGGGCGAGGAGGCUGGAGCCCAGAGGCUGAAGAGGAGGAGGGGGAGGACUCUGACCAGGGGGCCCAGCCCUUGAAUCUCUCCUCUGGGCACAGAGAGAGAGAGAGGGCUCUGCAGCCUCCGGAGAAGAGGACCAGUGGUGGUAGUAGGGGUAGUGGUAGUAGUCAUGGAUACAGGGAACAUGGACUCCCACCCAAAACAAAGAAGCCCAAAGCCCUAGAGAUUCCUGCCCCCUCCCUGCUCCUGACAGGAAGUGACAUUGGCUCCAUAGCCCUUAACAGUCCCGCCCUGCCGUCCGGGUCCCUCACCCCGGCCUUCUUCACUGCACAGACUCCGUCUGGCCUGCUGCUGGCUCACAGCCCUCUGUUAUCAGGCAUCCACUUCUGGAGCAGUCUUAGUCCCAUAGCCCCUCUGAGCCCUGCACGGCUCCAAGGACACGGAUCUCUGUUCCAGUUUCCCAGUCUAAUGAAUGGACACCUCCCGGUUCCCCUGCCAAACCUGGAUGGGUCCCCCUGUCCCCUGCUCCUGUCCCCUGCCAAUCACAAGUCCUGAUUCAGACUCUCAAAACCCAAACCAGUCUGUUGGUUCUUACUUUGACCAUCUUCAUCAAGCAUCUCUUCUCAAGGCCUAUAAAAUCCUCAAUAGUCAUCUGUUUAUUUACAGGCAAACUUGCUUUUGAUUUGGGGUCUCAAAAACUCCACAUCACCCACCUCUAUAAGUAGUAUCAUCAUCAUCUUCAUCAUUAGCCUUCAGUUUCUGCAAAAUUAUUUGACGGUGUAAAUACUCAUGAUUGACUCGACAUUUACAUGGCAUGUUGACCUCACUUUUUAUUGCACUUAAGUUGGUUAAAAUUCCAGUUGCGUUGUUGAAAGCACUCGGUUAAAGCCAUACACCAUGAGGUCUGUGAGACCUCUGGCGCGUUGUAAUUAAGUGCAUUUAAACAGCAGGACCCUGUCCAAGUGGACAGUAGUUGGGGUUAGCCCGUCUCUAGGUCUGUUUGUUCCGUCUUGACAAAUGGUGUGACAAUGAAGAAGACGGCAAGACAGCACAAACAGGUCUAGGACCAGGCUAGUUAAGCAUAGCUUAGCGAUGUUUAACAACAUGUAAGACAGGAUCCACAUGUCAGCUACCAACUUCCCUCUCCAAGCACAGGGCUUGGUUGUUUUAAUCUUGUAAAAAAAAUAUAUUUCUUGUCGUCUUUUUUAAAGAUUUUCAUAACAGAAUGUGAAACAUUGUUUCCAUUGAAUUGAAUUGUAUUAUAUGCAGUGUGCUUUUCAAAUAGUACCGGCUGUGCCUUUUCAAAAUGUUCGAUUUUUCCUUCUUAAAAAAAAAAAAAAAUGUUAUAUAAAGAGGAGAUUCCAAAUCAAUGCAAAAGAUUUGUAACACUUUGUAAUGUUUUUAUGUUAUGCAGUAUAUAUUCUGUAUCAUUUUAUAUUGGUGAAAAGUCUUGUUGUUUUGAAUAAACCUGAAGCAUUGAAUGCUGCAA